GCGUUUGUUGUGACAUUCAUGAUCUGUAUCAAUAAAUUUCAAAGGUCCAAUACUUGAACAUAUUAAUCGGCGCGUAGGAAUAUGUACUUUCGGCCAGGUGAUCUACUGCCGGAAAUCAACUAGUUUAUUCGGUCAAUACUUCAUUAGGUAAAUGUUUGCAACCGUGGAAGGAUAUAAGUAAAUUUACGAACACAAACAUCAUAACCUAUCUUUUACUUUCGUUCGGCCUGGUGAACUUUGAUGAACCGCAAGUACCUAGGUAAGCGUGUAUAAGCAAUAUUUUCUACGACUGGAGAUGCAUUUGCAGCUAAGAAGCGAUGGGUAAAAUAACAUUCUCGUUCAUAUUGUUGUGUAUCUGUGUUGGACUGAGUGUCGCGCGUCCCCGCCGCUAUCCCGGAGCCGGUCACGAGUGGAGAUGGGGCAAGGUGCGCGGUUCAGACAAGGGCAGGCACAUUGGCGCUUCUUUAGAUCCUACAUUCGGCACUCUUAUGAAGCAAAACUUAAAAAUGCCCGAGGAUUGGGUCCGGUCGCAGCGGGGUAUGAUGCAUCAGACAUUCGGGAACCGUUUUGAAAUCGGCCCGGGAAAGUUUGGGUUAGGAUUUGGUGGAGAAUUCCGUAUUCCAGAGUUUGAGAUGAACCUCAACCUAGGAAGCGUCGCCGGAAGGAAGGCCCAAAACUGGUGGGAGGGACCCAACGUGUGCUACAUGCAGUCGGAGAAGGUAGAAAACGUCACAGAAAUCACGUCACACUUCCGGUUCCUUUCUUUCGUCUGCGACGUCUCUGAUACCACGCACAAGUGCAUCGAAACGAGUCAUACCCCGAGGGGCAAGAUUGUGCUAACGAAAGUGUAUGAGUGUUGUUUUGGCUUCAUGCGCAAACGCGGGGAGUUCGGCUGCCAGGAAGAGAUACUCUUGUCCAGCAUACCCGACCUCCUCAAGACGCUUGGGCUCACGGAGCUGACCAGUCUACUGGACAGUGUGGGGCUUAGCUCGGAAGUCCUGGCCAGUGAUAACAACAACUUCACCGUGUUCGCCCCUAGCAACGAGGUCCUCGCUAAGUUCGUCCUGCCCGCAUUGCAGCAACAUGGGGGCGUGAACGUGAUGAAGGAUAUCGGCUCGGUGGUGAUUGUGUCCCAGGAGAUCAGCAACUCUGUCAUCGAGGACACGCGCAACAUCCUGCUGGGUCACGUGGCCGUUGGGCGUCUGACGUCAUCACGCCUGACUGACGACAUGAUCGUGGAGACCGCCAGUCCGCUGAAGUCCUCCAUCCGGAUCAACACGUACGAGCAGCCGAAAAAGCUGGUGACGGCGAACUGCAAGCCGAUCACGAGCACAGACAACAUCGCCAUCAACGGCGUCGUGCAUGUGGUCAGUGACGUGUUGAUGCCAGUCACCGGGUCCAUAUUGGACCUGGUCAAGAAGAACCCAGAACUCAGUUUCCUCAAAACAGUCCUCGGCUCCUCCCCCCUGGCAGCCACGCUUAGAGAGCCCGGACGUUACACCUUGCUUGCACCCACUGACGCCGCAUUCAAAAAGCACGUGGAAUUGCUCACGCGCAUACUCGGUGACGACAAGAAAUGCAUGGAAAACGUACUGCAGAAUCACCUUCUACCAAACGUGAUCUGUUCGUCUGUAAUCGAGGGUUGUGCGCAGACGAAAAACUCGCUGGGCAGAGCGCUACAGGUGACACGUGACCAGGAUAACAAGUUGUACGUAGAGGGCGCUCAAAUAAUCGUUACGGACAUCAUGGCAACAAACGGCGUUAUUCACGUCAUUGAUGACAUACUCGUCCCUGACGAAGCGUUGAACAUCGUAGAGCUGGCCUCGAAAAAAAACUACAGCGAGUUUUUGAAGCUGUUGGAGCGAGCCGGGCUCAAGAAGGAUCUCGCGCUCGCAGAGAAUAUCACGGUGUUUGUGCCUAGCAACGAGGCCAUGCAGUCUUUGCCAUCAAAUGUAGUGGCGAAAGUUACGUCUGACGUAGAACUGCUUAAAGAGACGUUGAAAUACCACGUAGUUCCCGACGCAUUUUCAUGCCGGGCGCUGUAUAACAACAAGCUGCUGGACACAUUGGAGGGAACCAGCCUUAGAAUCAACGAAUACUCGACCUUUCCGUUCGGUCGAGAAUGGCUGCAGACGGUACAGUGCGCCUCGUUCGAGGCGGAGACGAUCAAGGGAUGUAACGGAAACAUCCUCGUCGUCAACAAGAUUCUGUCGCCCCCAACCGGCGACCUGGUGGACGUGCUGGCGAUGGACCGCCGCUUCUCGUACCUUACGACGCUCCUCAAGGUUGCCGACAUCGCCGACAUGCUACAGGAGGAAGGUCCUUUCACGCUGUUUGCGCCCACUAAUGAGGCCUUCAAGCGUCUCGGAAGUGAUGCCGUAGAAACCCUAAAGAAGAAUCCCUCGCACCUGAAAUCUCUGUUGAUGGAUCACGUGGCUAGAGAUGUCAUCUGCUGUAAUGCCAUCAUGCGCUCGAACUGGUUUGACCAGCAGCGUGUAAGAACGCUGUCCGACAAGACUCUUAGUGUGCACAAAAACAAGGCUGACCAGAGGUUUAUUGACAAGGCGGAGAUCAAGCAGUGCGAUCUGAUGGCCACCAACGGCGUUGUACACGUCAUCGAUGACGUAAUCUCAGAUUACGUAAAGCUAGGGCGAGGCCGGUCGGUUGACCGAAUCGACAGAUGGUUUUGGAAUUUUAAAUAAUUGGAUCUCAACUUCAUAGUUGCGCCUUGAAAAUCAUUGAUUGCGUUGAGCAAUGAACGGUUCAUAAUUCACUUCGCAUAAUACAUAGUCUAUAACAUCUUUGCAUAAUAAAAUCAAAUAACAUUAGAAUCAUGGCCAAUCGACAUUAGACAAACAGAUUUUUGGAGUACACUAUGAUUGGAAAAGGUCAAUUGAAUACGCAUUUUAGGUUCAAACUACGACUGCCUGGUAUUUUACUAUUUGAAAUAAGUCUGUUUGGGCUGAUAGAUUCCUUUGUUUAUACAUAUGCCAGCCAUAUUGAAACGCCUUUUAACAUAAAGAUUUUACAAGGUG